GGCUUUGUCAUAAAGAUGAGGACGAAGAAGCGAAUACGACCCUCGACGAUGCUUUUCUUUCACUCGUCUCUGUACCGUAGACCGAGAAUGAACGGAAACAGUGAAUUCGUCUUUGUUGCUCUGCUCCUGGCUUUGUCAUCGUUCAAGAGCUACGCGGAAGUCGUACAUUUUCGCGAGUGUCCCAAACCAACCCCCGAUGCAGUCUCCAACUGCACUAUACACGAGGUACGCGUCGAUCCUUGCAGAGAAGCUGCUGAAGAUAAACCGUGCCGACUUAGAAGGGGAUACAAUUCGAGCAUAAGUUUUGAUUAUACGCCUAACUUCAGUGGAGAUACAUUAGAAACUCGGGCGUAUUGGGCUAGUGCUCUUACUGAUCUUCCGUUUCUAGGAAUGAGUAGUGAUGCUUGUACAAUGACUUCGUGCCCGGCCGUGCCGGGUCAAAAGCAAACUUAUAACGUGCAAUUAUUUAUCUCGAAAAAAUUCCCAAUCAGAACAUACGACCUCAAGUGGAAGAUAUGGAAUCAGCAAGAGCAAGAAUGUUGUUUCAUGUUCCAAAUUAAGUUACACAAAUGACGACGGUAGGCAAUUUCGGCUUUAAUACUAAUUGUCUCGACCGUCAAUUGUAAUGUACAAUUGUCAUUUCUGUUUUGGUAAUUAAAAUAAAAUUCAACUCUACGACUA